AAAUAAUAUAUGAAAACUUAUGCAAAUAAGAUCAGCGAGUAAGGAGCACAAACAAAACCCACCCUACUCUCCCUCCACUUUUGGUGCACAAACAAACAAACAAUUUUGGAGCCUUUAAACGGAGUAUAGUAUUCUUCUGCUAGUUCAGCCGCCGCCGCCAUUUAUGGGGUUUCUUUUCAAAGCUUAGCUCUUGUUUUCCCUCUAAUUGCAAGAUAUGGGUCUGCUUCUUGCUUCAGCUGUUAAUGGUGGAAGGAACCUUUCUAAGCUCCACUCGUCUUUUUCUCCUUAUUUUAAUUACAUUUCUACCCGCAUAGAAGCUUUAAGUGAGAAUUCAAUGUCUGUGAGGGGAAAUCGAAAAUCCUAUCCUCGCUUCAAUAAUGUUGAUGAUGCUCUGACUUUGUUUCACAAGAUGAUUGUGGAGCACCCGAAGCCUUCCAUUGUUGAAUUCACUAAAUUAUUAAGAGCCAUUGUUGGAAUGAUUAUUCUUUCAACAUCUUGAUUAAUUGCUUUUGUCGACUUGAUCGAAUUGAUUCUGGGUUUUCUGUUGUGGGCAAAAUGUUGAAGCUAGGUGUUAAACCUAAUGUUGUUACUUUUUCCACUUUGAUUAGGGGACUUUGUAAUCGAAGUAAGAUUUUUGAGGCUGUGAGUUUGUUUGAUGAAAUGAUUGAGAAAGGGUAUCAACCUGAUUUAAUUGUUUACACUACAGUACUGGAUGGGGUGUGUAAAACUGGGAAUACUGAUGGAGCUAUUAGGUAUCUAAGGAUGAUGGAAGAAAGAGGUUUCGAACCUGAUGUUGUAGCAUAUAGCACUGUCCUUGACUGUCUUUGUAAGAAGGGCUUGCUAAAGGAGGCUCAUGAUCUCUUCUUCGAAAUGAUAAAGCAAGGCAUUAAGCCUAAUGUCGUCACAUAUAGUAUAUUGAUCGAUGCGCUUUGCAAGCAAGGAAUGAUAUCUAAAGCCGAAGAUAUUGUUGGCAUAAUGACAAAGCAAGGCAUUAAGCCUAAUGUUGUCACAUAUGGUAUAUUCAUCGAUACUCUUUGCAAGAUGGGGGAGGUUUCUAAAGCCGAAGUUGUUGUUGACGUGAUGAGAAAGCAAGGCAUCAAACCUAAUGUUGUCAUGUAUAGUACAUUGAUAGAUUCGCUUUGCAAGAAUGGUAUGGUUUCUGAAGCUGAAUUUAUUGUUGGCACGAUGAGAAAGCAAGGCGCUGAACCUAAUGUUAUCACGUAUAAUAUAUUGAUGGAUUCACUUUGCAAGAAUAGUAUGGUUUCUGAAGCUGAAGAUAUUUUUGGCAGAAUGAGAAAGCAAGGCAUUGAGCCUGAUGUUGUCACAUACAACACUCUGAUGCAAGGUAUGUUUCAGUUAAGGAGAGUUUCAAAUGCAUAUGAACUUUGGAGAAAGAUGCUUGCUUCUGGACAAGUUCCAAAUCUGGUGACCUAUUUGAUUUUGCUGGAUGGUUUAUGCAAAAAUGGGAAACUCGAAAUGGCAUUGAAAGUUUUUCAAGAUAUGCGGAAUAGUGGGUUGCAACUCGAUACCAUCUUUUAUACCAUCCUAAUUGAUGGCUUGUGCAAAGCUGGGCAUAUCGAAGUUGCAAAGGAAUUAUUUUGUCAACUCUCAGUCAGUGGUCUAGAACCCAGCGUUUACACAUAUUGCAUAAUGAUUAAUGGAGUGUGUAAAGAGGGAUUGCCAGAUGAAGCAUACCGGUUGUUUAAGAGCAUGGGAGAUAAUGAUUGUUUGCCUAACAGUUGCUGUUAUAAUGUAAUGAUCCGGGGAUUUUUUCGAAAUGACUAUACCACAACUUCUUACGGAAAUGGUCGGUAAGGGCUUUUCGGCAGAUUUGUACACUUCCAACUUAUUUUUGGAUCACAUCUUACAAUCUGGUGAAUCUAUCUUGAUCUGAAAUGUUUCACAUGAUUGUCACUUGUAAAUUUGAAUCAGUUUGUUCAUAAACACUUGUAUAUAAUCAGUUUAGUUGAUGAUGUACUUUGAAGAUUAAGGAUGAAUGAAACAAAUCUUAUACACCGUGUUUCACUUCUCA